AUGGCUGGUCCACUAGAGGAGACGAGCGCAGAUGUGUUGGCCCCGGCGACGCCCACUACUAGUGAUGCUGCGGCGACGACAACGACAACAGCGGCGGGUGUGAAGCGGCCGCUGGACAUCGACACUCUCCAGCGCAAGAAAUACAAAACCGAUGAAUUGCCCUUAACCGCCGCGCAGCAUGCCGCUAUCGACAAUCUCUUACACGCCUUUAAGAAGAGAGGGGCUUUCGACAAUGUGCGCAAGAAGAUCUGGGCGGAAUUCGAAGACGGGGAAGGAAAAGUCCAAUUCACGAAUCUACUCGCUGAACUUGCGGAGGUGGAAAUUGAGCGCGAACCCGGGCUGCUGUCGCGGGAACGUGGGAAAGCCGCGACGCUGAUUGAGGGUGCGGUCGAUCGGAGCGACGUGUACAAGACGGUGGAGAGAUCGCUCGAUGCGCUUGCGUCGAAUCACUUGCAGACGAUCCUGGACUCCGUGCGCGAGAUCCGGCGGGAAGAGGUCGGCGAGGAAGCCGCUGCGGAGGAGGAGAGGGCCGGCAAUAAGACCGACGAGGACUACGCGAACUACGUACAGGCUCGGCGCGAUGAGCGUGAGAGAGUCUACCAGGAAGCAUUGCGCAAGGAGAAGGAACUGGAGGAGGAGGAAGCACGCAAGAAGGCGGAGGAGGACCGCAAACGGCGUGAGGCUGAACGCCAGAAAGAGGAAGAGGAGCGGGCUAGGCGCAAGGAGCGCGAGGACCAGCGGCGGGAAGAGCAGCGCAAGUUGGACGAGCAAAGAGAGAAGGAGCGCCAGGAACGGUACGAGCGCCGGCGUCGCGAGGAUCGUGAGAGAUUCCGCGAUUGGCGGGAUCGCAGUCGGACCAGAGACAAAGAUUCAGAUCGCGACCGAGACCGUUAUCGCAUCCGUGACCGCUCCCCGGGGCACCGCUCCGAACGAGGCCAGUCUCCCCGCCACCAGGCCCGAAAAGAAGAGUCCCCCACGCCCAAAGAACCCACACCAGCCCCCGCGCCACCACCGGCCCCUGUCGAUGAGAAGUCCUUGGAGGAAGCCGCGUUGCAACUGCUACUGAAGGAGGGAGAGGAGCUCGCCGCGAAGGCUCGACAGAAACCCGAGUUUGAUUUUGAAGAAGCCGAGGCUAUCGAAAACGGGCUCAAACCACCAAAAGCUCCUAAAGCUUCCGACUCGAGAUAUGCAAGCACCCCUACCCGCGCCGGGAGUCUUCCUGCAGAAGGAGAUCCUCUGAAGCGGCGCGGCUCUGCAACAGAUGAACGCGUACGGCCACGACGACGUGAUGACAGCCGCAGCCGCUCAAGGAGGAGAGGUGUUGCGCCUCCGCUCCACGAUGACCGCCGCAACCCAUCGCAGGACGUGUCGAGCAUGUCUCGUGGACGCGAAUCUGAUGAUCGAGCACCUGUGCGAGACUAUCGAGAAAGUCGAUACGCUGACCGCAGCUACCGACCCAACCGUCGAAGUCGAAGUCGAUCAACGGUGCGCACCCAUGAUCGAGAUCGCGAUCGGGAUCGAGAUCCGGGUACAGACCGCCCACGGUUCCGCGAGAAAAGUCCAGAGCGGGAUCGAGAUCGGGACAGGAAUCGUGAUCACGACUAUCGCCGAGAUCGAGAUCGAAGUCGUGAUAGGGAGCGGGAUCGCCGAGAAAGGGAUCGCGACAGGGAUCGAGACAGGGACCGGGAGCGCGAAAGAGACAGAGACAGAGACAGAACUCGCGAUCGCGACGAUUACCGCCGCCGGCGCAGUUACUAUUCCCGCUCCCGGUCUCGUCCACGAUAUAGAUCUCGGUCACGCUCGCGAUCCCUCCACAGGAAUCGGGAUCGCGAUCGCGAUAGGGAGCGAGACAGGGAUAGGGACAGGGAUCGCGAACGGGACGUUAGAGAGAAGAGGGACUCAAGAGACACCAGGGACACCAGAGACACCAGGGACGCGAGAGACAGUAGGGACGCAAGAGACACCAGAGACCGCGAUCGUGAUCGAGAGAGGGAUCGAGAUCGAGAUCGAGAUCGAGAUUACAAUCGGGAGCGAGACAGGAAUCGGGAUCGCGAGCGUGACCGCGACACCACCAACGCCACCAACACCCCUUCCAAAAGCAGCACCGCCGCCGCCGCCGCCGCCGCCGCCACUGCUGCCGUCGCCACCACCGACCACGGCCGUGAGCGCGAACCUGACCGCGAACGAGACCGUCCUCGCAAGGACGAGAAACCCGCGCGCGCCUCUUUAUCUUCUCGCCAACGCUCCAGGUCUCGACCUCGCCGCUCGCGCAGCCGCCGUCGCUCACCCAGCACCCUCGACAUCGACCGGUACGUCCCACCGACCAGCAAUCGCAGCCGGUCUCCGCGUCGUCGCGUACGGUCUCCCGAACGCAACGAGAAAGAGCGCGAAGAACGCCCUCGCUUCGUCGAGAUCGAUCGCUAUAUUCCUGGGAGCGGUAGUGGUGGUGCCGAGCCGCCGCGCAAGCCUUCAGACACCGAGUCCGCGUCGGCGACGGCAUCGACGACGGCGGCAGCGACCCCGCGCAAACAAGAUCGAGAGCCCGACGAGCGUCGGCCGCUGCAACCCACACCUCUGUCGUCUUUGCCUUCGUCUUCUCUGCCUCCUCCGCAGCAUCCGCGACGACGGAGUCCCAGUCGCAACCGAUGAAAUGAACUAACUUUCCUAUCGUUGAAGACGGCCGUUUGUCUUCGGCUGUUGUACUGAUAUAUUGUGUUUUACAUGGACUUGUAAUUGCCUUGCAUGGGUUGGCGUUGUUGUUGGGAAACGGGUUCGGUUGGAGGGUUCACAAAAAUUUAGGGUCAGGUUGAAUGUCCAUGGGAUUUACUAUCGGUUGAGAGAAAUAUCGCAUCGUCUAUGCGGAGAUGCCUUGCCUUACAUGACUAUUUCAAGAUUCAUUGGAAAAGCUUAAUACAUGGGAAGAGGAGCAUUCUCUAUUUCACGUGGAUAAACUAAUGCAGCC